AUGUCAGAAGAAAAUGUUACUACGGUACCAAUAACCAAAGAACCUAAUAAUGAAACAGAAGGUCAACUAAAAGCCGAAGAAGGUGAAACAUCAUUUGCACUUUCAGAAGAGCAGAAAAAUUUGAAAGAAACUAAACUUUUACGUGACACAUUAGAUUUGCUUUGGGAUAAGACGCUUGAGCAGAGAAAAGUAUGCGAACAAUUGCAACAGGAAAACGAAUAUCUACAUGACUACAUUGAUAAUCUAAUGUCAUCCAGUAACGUUCUGGAUAAAUAG